AUGGGAACUUGUGCGUAAUGUAACACAAAAUCAGAAGUAGUAGAAAGUGAUAUGCAUUAAAAACAUGAGAGUGUACAUGCCAAGUUAUUGGAAUUGAAUCAAAUUACUAAGGCUACAAUCUUUGAAAGAAUGAAAGUUAAUAACAAGAUGGAAACAGAUUAAUUAAGUGACAAAAUUUUUGAGGAUUCUUUAAAAGUGAGUGAAGUGAAUCAAGAAUAACUUUAAUCUAAAGUAUACAUGAAUCUCUAAGGAGAAAAUAGAGGCAAUAUAGCUUCUAAGAAUGCAUGUAAGUGUUUAAUAGUUCUAAGAGGGGUUUUUAAAAGGAAUCCAUUAAUUAACGACAAUAUCGAAUAACUGAUCCAAACCUUCCUAAAAAUCUAUCCCAUUCUUCAAGCUCAAAUCACUAAUUUCGUGAAUUCAAUAAACAAUUUAAAGUUAGUGAGAAAUAACAUAUUGAGUUCGAUGAAUCUAUAAAAAGCAUAUUAAAAAAAACUACAUUGAGAAAUAGUGAAAGUAAGUCAGUUCAUUUUGCUCGGAACACAAAUUCAAGUCAAACAUAGAUGAAAUCUCGAUCUUGCAAUCAUUCAAAAAAAAAGAGAAAAAAAAUAUAACAAUUUGACAAUUAUAAAUUUUGA